AUGGUUUUAUUUAGGGAGGCUCUCAUUGAUAGGAACCUUUAUGACUUGGGUUGGAAGGGGGACAGAUUUACUUGGAGUAAUACGCAUGGUGAUGAAUCAUUUACCAAGGAAAGGUUAGAUAGGGUUAUUGCAAACACUGAGUGGAGAGAGGUGUAUAAGGAGUCACGGGUUGAAGUUCGGGUGGCUAGUUCUUCUGACCAUAAACCUUUGUUAGUUCACUUAAUGAAGCAAAAAGAAGCUGAAGGGGUUAAGAGAAGAUCUUUUAAGUAUAAGGCAAGCUGGGCCUUAGAAGAUGAUUGUGAACUGGUUCUAAAGACAGCAUGGAGGAAGGAAGAUCCUUCAAACAAGGUGGUGAAGUUACUGGAGAAUAGUAAAGCAGUUUUUCAGAAGUGGAGUAAGAAGCUAAAUAAUGAAGGAAAAAAUGACAUUGAGGAAAAAUCAAGGUUACUGCAGAGGCUUCAAGAGAAUGAAAAUAGUGGUAAUGCACUAGAGAUAAGGAAAGUGAAAGAGGAACUGAAUCUGUUGCUGGAAAAAGAGGAUCUGAGGUGGCGUCAGAGGGCAAAGACAAAUUGGUGCAAGCUUGGAGAUAGAAAUACAAAGUAUUUCCAUGCUUGUGCCAAACAAAGGAAAAAAAAGGAAUCUUAUUAG